AUGAACACUGCUUUGCAUGAUUUACACGGGGAUUUGGCGACUUUAGAAGAUAAUAACAUCAUAGACACUUCUAAUCAUUCAAUACACUCAUCCUCGGAAUUUACUAGUCAUGAGGAAGACGAGGAUGAAGACGAGGAUGAGGAAGACGAGGAUGAAGAAGAUAUUACUGAAGACGUGGAACUUAUAGAAAAAAAUAGCAACAAAAAUAUACUAAGAAGAAUUCAUCCCGAAGACGAAAUCGUGAAUGAUGGUUCAAGUAUAUGGAUACCGAUCCAAAUGCUAAAGAAAAAUAUAGCCAAGUUUUGGUCUCACUUUUUAGCCAUUGAUAAAGAAUUAACGAAAGUUAAAUGUAAACACUGCGGGAAGGUAUUAGCGAGGAGCGACACAACCUUAACGAAAACCUUUAGAUCUCAUUUAAAAUCCAAACAUAAUAUAAGUGCAAAUAAGAAUUUCUAUUCUAUGAAUUUCAAAGUAGGAGACGCUAUCAAGAAUAAUACUUCCCACUUAGGAAAUGCACUCAAACCCAGCUAUGAUUCCUUAACUUACAGUUCAAACUCAAGUUUCAAAAACUAUGAAAUGGGUAAGUCACAAAGCAUUAAUUCUCUUUCUUUUUCACAGUUGAUAGCCAUACUCAUAGCUUCCGAAAAUCUACCACUAAAUUUCUUCGAGAAAGAGUCGUUUAAAUUCUUACUCUCAAAAUUUCAAAGAAUUCCUCCUUUGACCAUUAACAUGAUCAAAGAAUCAAUCGUGGGGUUGUCGAAAUCAAUAGAUGAGCUGAUUAAAAGGUCUCUUUCAAAAAAUGGUACUUAUUUUCCUUUUAGUAUCCAUUUAUCCGAUACUAAGGAGUCUGAUCAACCUGCCUACUUGCAAUAUAUGAAGGACAUUCGGGUACAAUUGUCUGGCUUGGAUUUAGCCUCUCUUGUUUCCGUAAAUUUAACAAGACUUGAUGAAACGAGAUUGUUGUUUUCUUUACAGCUCUUCGAUAAUGUCAAUAAAGUGUCGAAAAUUUUACCAUUAUCUAUCCUUACACGUAAAACAACGGAUAUAGAUACCAGUGUCUGGCAGGAACAGCUUAACGAUUUGUAUUCGAAAUACCCUGGCUUAAAAAAGUCAAUAAUAUCAAUAAAUUUACCGCAAAACCGUUUUGGAAAGGUGCUAGAGAAUGGAAAUAGCAAUAAUUCAACUUCUUAUACUAGGAGUGCAAGGAAGAUAACAUACCAUACUUGCAUUGUAACUGAAUUGCUUCACUGUUUUUUACAACCGUUUUUCAAUGUGUCUACUGAAUCAUUACUUUCUUCCUUUUCUUUGGUCAAAAAAAUUCAUCCACGAGGGUCAUUAUUAGAUUCGUUGACCGAUUUUUCCCAUGUAGAUAUAUCGUCAUCUGUGCUUGGGAAAAUCAGUUGUUUGAUAGAAGAAGUUAAACUAAAUGACUCUUUAAAAUCAGAUUUCCUGCUCUACUGUCAAACAUAUACACAACCUACUUGUGAUGAGCUAACUUCAAUACUUUCCUCCAGUUGCGAUAGUUUUUCAAGUUUAAAAAAUGUCUUGGAAAAAUUUGCAAACUUGGUUCCCUUCUUCAAAUCCAUCAACUCUCAUUUGGAGAAUGAAUCGCUUACUGGAUCUGAUUUUCGGCUUAUAGUUGCGGUAGAAGAGACUUUAAAAACUUUCGAGCAAGCAAUUGAGUAUUUUGCUUCUCCUGCCCCGUUGAAAUUCACUCAUACCCUAGCCUUUAUCAUUAACUUUGAGUUGUAUUUGAAAGAGAUCAUACAAAGUUCUACCUUCACUAAGUUCAAGAAACCGUUUGAAAAAAUACUAUCAAAGAUAUUAAAAGUUAAAGAAUAUUAUAAACUUAAUGAUGUAAACUUGAUUGGUGCAUUCUUAUAUCCGUCAAUAUUCCAAAGUAAAAACUUAUUAAGGAAAAUCUUUGACACUACAUCCAUAAGUAAAAUCGUCAACAAAGUGACUAAAAUUGCAUUAAGAUACCUUCAAAACUUCGUCAACGUAACAAAUUUCCGAUCACAUGGUAAUGAUAAAGACAAUAGCAUCAACUCUGGUGAGAAUCUCCUUUCAGGAUACGAGGCCAUUUUCAUGAAAGAAUCACAGGACAUAGAGCUUUUAUGCAACGUCAUGGUGACUUCACCGCUCUCCGAGGAUCUACUACUCGCCCAGAUCAUUCGAGAGGACCUAUUAAGCUAUAUUAACAGGAUUACGCUCGAGCUACCCAGUGCAUACCAUGAUUACUUAAAUGAUAACGAGAUUAGUUUCGAUGGGUUUCACUUUAUCAAGCAUGAGUUAUCUGAGGAGAGCACCUCCGAUGCUGUGGAAUGGCGUUUAAACCCUAUGGAGGAGACGUUUGAUAUACAUAUUCCAAUCUCAGAUGCAAUCUGGAAUAAUUACGUAAGUGGACAGAACAGAAUUGAAGUAAUCGAUAUGUUAAUACAAUUACUUUCAGUAAAUUCAGCAUCUUCAAUAAGGUCAGAACUCUUUUCCUUACAAAAAACUAACCAUAUAGAUCCCAAAAAUGAACUCUGCGAAGAAAUGAUCAAGAUCAAACUUUUGAAUUCGCAGUUUAAUCUUGAAGAGAUCAAUUUUCACUCUGGGUCAAUUUUUGAUCUGUGCUAA